UGUUGACAGGAGGGUCAAAGGUAAAGAGUAAGUUUUCCUCUGCCCCUAUUUUCAUGUGACCUUUCCCAGGUCAGCAGGAUAUAUCUUCUUUAUGAGGUUCUGCUUGCAGUUUUAUGAUCACCCUGUCCCUCAUACUAGUGUUUACAUUCCUUGAUUUUAUAUUUGGACAGUGUUGGUAGCCAUACCUGCCGCACCCAAAAAUGGCGCCCAGCUUGAGAAAAGGUUGUAGGUAAAACAAAGACUACUUCUGGAUAAUCCCGCCACUUCCUGGCCGCAUACCACAUGCUAAUUAGACCUUCACCUACUAGCCAAUUGGCGUAUCGUAGCAGCUAUGCUAAUGAAGCAUCACAGGCAGCGCGCAAUCAGCUUGGAGCAUGAGAGCUAUAUAGCUAGCCCAGUCUUUUCCUUUGGGUCCUUCCCCUGAUGAUUGUAUCACAAAAGAGCUGAAGAUUAAAGCUUUCUGCAGAAGAAUCCUGCUGUUGUUGCGUGCUGUUCUUGCUGGCGAGGACGGGGCGCGCGACAAGUGGUGCCGAAACCCGGGAACCAGAACAUCACCGGCACCGGGAGGACCCUUCAGACAUCUGGAGAAGAUUCAGAACUGCAGAGAUAGCCCGGAGAGGGUGAAGAAAACCCCUUCUGGAUCCCAGAGCGCCUGACAAGGAAGGUCCUGGACAAAGGAGAUGACUUCUCUGUGCCUACUGAUCCUGCUCUCAUCGCUGGGAACCCCGAUUCAGGGAGUACUGAGAUGGGGAAUAUUGUCUGCCUUCCCUAAGCCUAUACCAGUCCGCUAUAACGCAGCAGUUUUUCCACGCUUUUUCACUACCAACUCUAGCAUUAACUUGCCCUAUUUAGCCCUAGACACAGUGACAGAGCCUUUGGGAGAAAACCGGACCUUUGUUACCAAAGGGACAUUAUGCUUCACCAUUAAUUCGAAUUGUACAAACUGCAUCUCCUUAAAGCAGAGAGUAUACGGCUGGUAUGAUCCUAAAAUAUCCCCCUAUUCUACUUUUGAAGUUAUUUGGCUUAAUGGUACCUUUGCCCGGCCUCACCCUCUUACUACAACCCACUGCUAUGGAACCUCUAGCUCUAACAGACCUAAGCCUCCGCAUUGCCAUAAACCCUAUCAGCCUAGGUAUGCACCCCAGUGCCGGGGAGAUUAUGAAGGAGACACAUGGCCUUGGACUGAUUGUCAAUCCCAUAUAGCUACAUGGAUAGACGAAGAUCAACAUUUCUCCCUCUCACCAGAUAUGUCUAGAGAGAUCCUAUGGAAAACCCAAGGAGAAUCUGUUAUUUCCCAAGACGUGUCGCUUAACCCAUUCCAUAAAUGGAUGUUAUGUGGGACUAAUGGGUCAUGCUCUGACAUUUCCUCCCUUAGCUUUAUUUUAGGAGGAAAUAGAAGUUCAGGAUAUGUUUCACUCCAAUUCAAAUUUUUCAACCAGACUAGGACAUCUAAUACUCCAGGAUGCAAUUGUACGAGCUGCGCCGGCACUCAAAAUCUCAACGCUAGCCUAGUGCAGUGUUUCGAUAGUAGCCUUCGCCUUCCAUAUCGCAUGUAUCGCUUGUAUCAAAUCAUCAAUAACACCGCCCCUAAGACAGUCCCGCCUACCCCUGUCUGUCUCUAUCCCCCGUUCCUGUUUAUUCUGUCCAAUUAUAGUUUUGAUCUGUGUUCCAAUUCCACCUGCUUUUUAUCACAAUGUUGGGAUGCACGUAAGUAUACCAAUGCCUUAGUAGCCCGAAUUCCUCGCUGGGUCCCUGUCCCAGUUGAUGCUCCUAACUCCAUGACCCUGUUCCGUGAAAGACGCGACUUUGGCAUCACUGCCGCCAUAGUAACCAUCGUGUCUGUGGCUGCGGUGGCCGCCACUGCCGCCGCAAUAGCUUUGGACACCUCUAUUAAAACAGCUACUGAACUUAAUAACCUUGCAGAAUCAGUGUCUUCUGCCCUUGACCGUCAGUCUACUCUUGAUGGCAAACUGAAGGGAGGAAUAAUGGUCCUCAAUUAGCGAGUAGAUCUAGUAGAAGAACAGAUCGAUGUGCUGUGGCAAUUGGCCCAAUUAGGUUGUGAGCAAAAAUUUCGUGCUCUCUGCAUUACCAGCGUUCAAUAUGAAAACUUUACGUGAGCAGCUAAUCUGUCCCAAGGCCUAUCUCGGUAUCUUUCAGGAAACUGGUCCCAAGAUUUUGAAGGAGCAUUAGAAGAGCUACGGCGAGAGAUAAUCCACAUCAACUCUACCAGAAUAGAUAUCUCCGUGGCAGAAGGACUCUCUUCCUGGUUCCACAGAGCUCUCUCCCAUGUUAAAGAGUGGGCGGGCAUUGCUGGGAUGGGUGUAUUCAUGCUUGGAGGUCUCAUGCUCCUAUUCUGGUUGUUGUGCAAGCUCAAAGCCCAACAAUGGCAAGAUAAGGUGGUAAUUGCUCAAGCCUUGAUGGCAGUAGAAAUGGGCGCCUCUCCCCAAGUAUGGCUCAACAUACUCAAGAAAGAAGCGCAACUUUAGGUUAAGGUAGCCCUUGCACCCUGAGCCCUUGUGGCAUUGCACCAGGUUAAGGUACCUGUUCGCUCACCCAAAGCUUCUCAUAACUCGGUGCAAGAGGGUCAUUGCACAGGCCCAGGCCCUUUGUACCGGGCGGUCCCAACGUCAGCUAGAGGGUGCGAGGCACUGCACUGCAAGAGGUCACGGGCCCCUCGGAGAGACAUGCCUGAUUGCAUAGGGGUGGAUGUCUACAAACCCCUCUCCGAAAAUAAGACAUCAGAUGUUUCUGGAGAUCAGGCCUCUAUCUCCACCUCAGCUGACAAGUUCCGCCCUGAGUUUCAACUAAACAAAAAAGGGGGAGAUGUUGGUAGCCAUACCUGCCGCACCCAAAAAUGGCGCCCAGCUUGAGAAAAGGUUGUAGGUAAAACAAAGACUACUUCUGGAUAAUCCCGCCACUUCCUGGCCGCAUACCACAUGCUAAUUAGACCUUCACCUACUAGCCAAUUGGCGUAUCGUAGCAGCUAUGCUAAUGAAGCAUCACAGGCAGCGCGCAAUCAGCUUGGAGCAUGAGAGCUAUAUAGCUAGCCCAGUCUUUUCCUUUGGGUCCUUCCCCUGAUGAUUGUAUCACAAAAGAGCUGAAGAUUAAAGCUUUCUGCAGAAGAAUCCUGCUGUUGUUGCGUGCUG